GAGGGAUGUGAGAAACAGAGAGAGAAAGGGAGAAAAGAAAGGCAUAAAGACAAGAAGACGGAAAAAAGAGAAAAGGAAUGUCAGAAUCCGGCGCUGGUGGCAGUUCUGUGUAUGAUACCAGCUCCCUGCUGCAGUAUUGCAAUGAUGAUGGCCUCUCAGGUCCCAGUGCGAUGGACACAGAUGAUCGGAUCUCCAACUUGGAACAGCGGCUUCAGCUCCAGGAGGAUGAGAUGCAAGUUCUGAGAGCUGCACUAAGUGAUGCUCUGCGAAGACUGCGGAUUUGUGAAGAGAGAGGAGACGCUAUACGUGGUAGACAGAGUGAGCAAUUUGUUGAACGUGUCCAUAUAGUGAAACCACCUCCUCGCUCUGCACAAAAUGGUACAGCCCCACGAAGAAGAACUGGCCUUUCCACCUCUCCAUCCUCUCCUAAAAUGGGGGGGACCCCAGUCUUCGUAAAGAGCGUCCGGCGCUCUCUCUCACCUGAACGCAUGUCAUUUCUAAAGAGAGAUAUCUCGGACACCAGAAGCAGAGUACUUGCAACCUGCAGUGGAAGAAGAGAUGGUAAGAGCAAGCAAGUUGUUUUCUAUCCAGAGGAGGGAGUCGUAAAGCUGUACCUCCGUGGCCGUUCUGUACCCCUUUAUGUUCCUGACUCACUGGUUGCCUCAUACAGCCUGGAUGCAAAGGGCGAGCUACCAACAAGAGAGCUGCAACUAGAAUGGGUAUAUGGGUAUCGGGGCCGGGACUGCCGCAGUAAUCUAUUUGUCUUGCCAUCAGGGGAGUUACUGUAUUUCACAGCAGCUGUGUGCGUCCUGUAUGACCCUGCAGCUGGCACCCAGCGCCACUAUCGGGGCCACACCGAUGACAUUAAAAGUCUGGCUGUCCACCCAGAUUCUGUGACUAUCGCCAGUGGGCAAGUGGCCGGAAAUUCACAGGAUGGCAAGGCUUUGCCACCUCAUGUCCGGAUAUGGCACUCUGUCAGUCUUUGUACUCUUCAUGUUAUUGGAGUUGGAAGCUUUGAGAGAGCAGUAACCUGUUUGUCUUUCUCCAAGACUGAUGGCGGGAGCCUUUUGUGUGCCUGUGAUGAAUCUGGUGAUCAUGUCCUCUCUGUAUGGCAGUGGCAGCGAGAGAAUAAAAUCACAGAGGUGAAGUGUUCAACAGAACCAGUUCUGGCAACAAUUUUCCACCCCACUGAGCCAAAUCUGAUCAUCACAUGUGGGAAAUCCCAGCUGUAUUACUGGAGCCUUGAAGGGACCACAGGAGGAGGAACUACAAGUGGAGGAGCAACUUUAAGCAAGAGGCAGGGAGUGUUUGAGAAACAUGAAAAGCCCCGUUUUGUCCUUUGUGUGGCAUUUGCUGAAAAUGGAGAUGUCGUCACAGGAGACUCCAAUGGGAAUUUAUAUGUGUGGGGGAAAGGAAGUCACAGGAUCUCCCAUGCUGUCUCUAAUGCUCAUGAUGGAUCAAUCUUUGCUCUCUGCGUAUGCAGGGAUGGGACACUCCUUUCAGGAGGAGGAAAGGACGGCAGAGUCAUCUUAUGGGGCAGAGACUAUAAAAAAGUGCAAGAAACAAGAAUCCCAGAAUGCUUUGGGCCAGUUCGGACCAUUGCAGAGGGUCGAGGAGGAGGCACCUUGUAUGUGGGAACCACCAAGAAUUGUGUGAUGAGUGGCAAUCUAGAAAGUGGCCUAAGCUGUUUAAUACAGGGUCACACAGAUGAGCUGUGGGGUCUCUGUACUCAUCCAACCCUUGACCUCUUCCUGACUUGUGGCCAUGAUAAAUUUGUCCACCUUUGGAACAGCAAAGAACAUCAGCCUGUUUGGAGUACCACCCUGGAGGAUGCGGCUCGGGUGGCUGGCUUUCACCCAUCAGGUUCAGUUGUAGCAGUUGGGACCUCUAGUGGCAGGUUUUUGGUAUUGGACUCUCAAACCCACGUUAUUGUGACAAGUGUCUCUGAUGCAGCUGAGCAGAUCAGUGUAACCAGCUACAGCCCUGACGGACAUUAUCUGGCAGUUGGGUCACACGAUAAUUUUAUUUAUCUGUAUGAGGUGGCAGAAGAGGGUCGAGAGUACAGACGUGUGGGGAAAUGUACGGGUCACUCCAGUUUUGUCACACACUUGGACUGGGCCUCAGACAGUUCCUCCUUCAUGACAAACAGUGGAGACUAUGAAAUUCUGUACUGGGACCCAGAUUCUUGUAAGCAGAUUGUUAGUGCAGAAAAUGUACGCAACAUAGACUGGGAGAAUUCCUCAUGCACUCUGGGCUUCUAUGUUCUUGGAAUAUGGCCUGAUGGAGCAGAUGGCACAGACAUAAAUGCAGUGACACGGUCUCACGACAGGAAGCAACUGGCCACUGGAGAUGAUUUUGGAGGAGUGCGUCUGUAUAAUUACCCCUGUGUGGUGCCUCGGGCACCCAGCCAUAAAUACAGUGGACACAGCAGUCAUGUUACCAGAGUUGUCUUCCUGCAUAAUGACAGUGUUCUGUUGUCUGCUGGCGGCAAAGACAGCACGGUGUUGCAGUGGGCUGUACUAUAACAGAGCGUCUGUCGUUUGCUUGCUGAGCAUCUAAACCUAGAACUUGCACAGCAUCUUAAUCUAGUUCCUACACUGAGCACCGUGGCUUGCAUUAACCUAGACUUUUCCCUAUGUACUCUGCCUGCGGAGUGUCUUACCCUGGCCUGCACUGUCUCACUCGUAUCUAUGGAAUACAACAUGGAUUUUACGCAGGGUGUCUCUAUUCUAAAGAAUGUUUGCGUAAUUUAUUGAUGGUUUGUUUAAAAAAAAAAAAAAAGAGUAUUUCACUUUAAAAGGCAAAGCAUUUAAACCUUGCACCCUUUUCCAAGAUCCUCAGUAGACAGGAUUAUUGCUCUAAUUUUUCCAUUCGCAUACUUGAUUAUUCUUUGUUUUUAGUAUGUAGCACUAAAGAUUCACAAAUAAAUGGAAAAUCAUUUCUGAC